AUGUCAGACUCGGGCGAUGACCAAGCGGGCGUUCCGCUCAUCGAGGAUCUCUCAGACUCCCCAGAGCCCCCAAAAUCGAAGACUACGAAGCGAAAGAGAGAGCCGGAAGAGGAUGGAGUAGAAGAGAGCAAGAAAGCCGCGAAGAAAAAGAAGAGGACGAAGAAGAAGCCACAAGAUGUGGACGAUGAGGCUUUGGAUAGCAAGCUCGGGAUCAAUCAUGCGAUCGCGCACAUGGACAGCAGGCUGAUGGCGGAUCAUAUCGCUCAGAGAACGAGAAGGUUCCGACCAGAUGCGAGCUUGGUCGAGAUUGAUGAUGUGAACGUGUCAGGUAUGGCGGUCUAAGAGAUAUGCCGCAUGAAGCUUCCUUACUGAUUCGGGAUACCAGAGAGUGCAAUCAUGGAUACUACAGCUUUCUCGCAAGAGCGCGUCACGGAAAAGCUUCCCGAUUUCCUCGAGCAAUUUGCUGGUGCGCGGCGGAAGAAGAAAGGCAAGAAGCUUUCAGACGCAUCCCAAGAAAAAGGAGCGCCGCACACACUAGUUGUCGCUGGUGCAGGACUGCGCGCUGCAGAUCUCACUCGUGCACUAAGGAAGUUCCAGACGAAGGAAAGCAUGGUUGCGAAGCUCUUUGCCAAGCACAUCAAGCUGAAGGAAGCUAUUGAGACGGUGAAGAAGACCAGAAUUGGUAUCGGAGUUGGAACGCCGCAGCGCAUCAUUGACCUGAUGGAGGAUGGCGCGCUCUCAUUAAAGCAUCUGGAGCGCAUUGUCGUCGACGCUUCACAUAUUGAUCAGAAGAAACGCGGAAUCCUGGACAUGAAGGAGACGCAGGUGCCGCUGGUGCAAAUGCUUGUGCGGCCAGAGCUAAAAGAGCACUAUGGCAGCGGCGAGGGAAAGAUAGAGCUGCUAUUCUAUUGA